CUCGGUUCCCCUGUUCUCAAGUUGUCUCUUUGAAUCGCCUGCGCAGUUCAAUCUUUUACUGUUCCAGAUCAAGAACACAAGGACAAAUAGGGUGGUCUCAUAGAUCGAGGACCAGAAGUGAUGCAAAGCGGAAAGAAAUUUUGAGCUCCGUUCGUGUGUGAAUGAGGGAGGAACAGUGGUUGGUUGGUUCGCUGAACAAAAGACAAGAACAAUUAGGUCAGAUCAUUAUUGUAUUUGGUGUCAUUGUUGGCUUCUGGGAUUGAUUGAUGUGCGCCAAUGGCAAAGGCGAUGGGGAGCGAUGGAGGGGUAAAAGGGUUGUUCCUCUUCUUUAUAAAGCAACGAGGGGAGGCCGGUCGUAGCGGCAGGGUUCGCUUCUUCGUCUGUGUUCUUCCUCGAUCGCAAAAGGGAUGGAAAGCGAUGGAUCCGUAGAUGCGCCACUUGGUUGCUGUUUUGUGCUCGUAAAGGAAGGUUUUCCCUCGCGAGCUGGGAGUUUCCGCUAGGGUUUCGGGAGAUGAUGAGCAGAUCGUGGGUGGAUGUGCUUCCGAGUCUUUUCGUCGGCGAAGACGGCGGUGGUGCAAGCGGGAGCUGGACGCUGGAGGAGAACAAACUGUUCGAGGACGCCCUAGCUGAGUUCGACACCGACGUCCCGGACCGCUGGGAAAAGGUGGCGGCUUCGAUCCCCGGGAAGACCGUGGGCGAUGUGGUGAGCCAUUACCGGGAGUUGGUCGACGACGUGAGCGACAUCGAGGCCGGCCGCUUCCCCUGCCCUCCCUACUCCGGCGGGGCUUCGUCGUCGUUUACCUUGAAUUGGGAGAACAGUCACGAACCCUACUGCAAGCGAUCCGGCGUGAGAGGAUCCGACCACGAGAGGAAGAAAGGAGUUCCCUGGACCGAAGAGGAGCACAGGUUGUUUUUGCUUGGCCUAAAGAAGUACGGCAAAGGAGAUUGGAGGAACAUCUCGCGCAAUUUCGUGAUCACCAGGACUCCCACACAAGUGGCCAGCCACGCACAAAAGUACUUCAUCAGGCUCAACUCUGGCAGCAAAGACAAGAGGAGGUCGAGCAUACAUGACAUUACUACCGUAGAUUUGCCCGAUAACCCUAGAUUUCCCUCACCGUCAUCUCAGCCAUCUACUACCACAGCACCUACAUUGUCGAGCCAGUACUCUGCUGUUGUCGAUUCAGAUCAGAAUCAGCUCGGUGAAGUAGCCAGUUGUCCAUCGGGGAAUCAGUUUGUGCAGAAUCAGCUCGGAGCAGUUUCAUAUGGCAUGAAACUACAACACCAAAGUUCGCAGAAGAGAUAUUGUUGAGGAUGACAUCCUCUAACUAGAUGCCUUGCCGGUGCAGGAUUCUCAACGAGUGAAUUCUUGGAAUUAACAAUCUGAAUUCUUGAGACCAAAUCAGGAUUGCCAAAAAUGCUACAAAGGUGGAUGAGAACAUUUAUCCGAUUAUUGUGUCUUGUCUCGAAGCUGAAGAUUAUGAUUCUUUUUAUAUCCAUGGAUCUAUGCUGAGACUGCAACCUAAAAUUCACAGCUCAUGGAUGAGAGAUUGUUGAGAAUUACAUCCUCUAACCUUGCUGUCAAAGAGGAUUUAUGCCGAAUGGAUUUUCAGAAUUAAUCAUAAGAAUGCUUUGAGUUUGAAUGAAAUAUUGAGAUUUUCAGCACAUAAAUCCAACUUUUACCUACUUUUGUAGCCGAAGAUGCUCUAUAUUGAAUUUGAGCAACUCAAUAGCUUGGUGAGUGGUGACACACACAUCAUGAUUCAUAAACAUCAAUUGACACUCCAGUUUAGUGAUUUCAUUGUGUGCCUUGAGAUGAAGGAGCAAUGCUAUAAGCACAUAAAAGUCUGCAAUGGUCAUUGCUCAUUGACCAACCCUUACUUCUGGUCUUUGUGUUCUCUUCUUUAUGUGUCUUCUCUUUGAUAAAAGAGGAGAUAGCUUCAGUUCAUGGCUACUUGGAUUUCA